AUGGGUCGUGGGAAACUGAAACUGGAAUUAAUCCCUGACGAGAAAUCACGCAAAACAACAUUUAUCAAAAGAAAAAAAGGGAUCAUGAAGAAAGCUUAUGAAUUCUCCGUCCUCUGCGAUGUUGACAUUUGCCUUCUCGUUUCGGAUAUGGAAUCGGGUCGGGUCCAGACCCAAACAAGGCGCGGGUUGUCGUCGAAAAAUCAGGAGGAUCAUCCUCAUCAUCUCCAAGAUGGCACUACGAUACUCGAAACCUAUCCACCGGAGAGACACAACGUUUUGAGGAUCAUCCAAAAGUACCAGAAAGCCCUUACGCAAAGGGCUUCGAAUAAGAGCUACGACCUGGCUGGUCUCCUGGCCGAGCGCAACAAAAAGGUCCAGACUGAGAUCUCCCGCUGCAGGAAGAAGUAUUACGCUGUCAAGUACCCGGCGUCGACCGAUCUCCUCGAAGGUUUCUCCGCCAAUGAACUUGCUAAGCUCUACGGUCGCCUCGGUGUAAAGAUCGAAACUGUCAAGAAGAUUAUAGAGGAUAAGAAGAAGAAGGGAAAAGUACCACUCAAAGCCAUGAAAAACGAGAAUGUAUUCCGUCGUUAUCAAACACAACAACAGCUCUUCCCGCCAAUAGUGAAGAACCCGCCUCGUCAUGAGUUCGAUUCGAGUGCUUUUUCAUUGAGUAAUAAUUCCAACUCUAUGAUGUUUAAGUUACUGGGUGGUGAUAUUAACCAGAGUAGUAGUACUACUACUAGCAAGAAAGACUACGGUAUUAGUACUACUAUUUAUAAUAAUAACAACAUGCACAAUGGUUAUGGCACUACCGAAUUUGGACCUGGUCGAGUUUACCAUCAUCAUCAGGAUUAUGCAACGGCUGGAGCUUUUCUGGAUAAUAAUUACUUGAUGAUGCAGAAUAAUAUAGGUACCAAAAAUACGGCAUUGAAGGCAUCCACCUCUAAUAGCGACAACAUACAAUACAGUACGGUAACUAGCAUUUUGCGUGGCUCGGGCUAUAAUGAUCCGACGGUGGGGAUGUCUCCGCAGGAGAAGUAUACAAUGAUGAUGAGUAGUGGUAGUGGCAGUUGUACAGCUUCGUCUCUAGACCAUCACUACUAUUAUCCAGCCCCAACUCUGGUGCAGCAGCCAAUAAUGCCGUACAGGCAACUCCCAAUGAAUGGUAGUAUAAAUAAUGUGGAUCCCAGACUUGGCUCAUUUCAGGUAACCUCAGCUACCAGAGAGAACGACUUAAUUGAUGCUGUCAACAACUUUCUCUCAAGGACAUGA